AUGAAAUUGCAGCUCGAACAAGCUGGCUCGUCAAGUUGGCGGAUGAAAGAAGAGCCGCCACUUGAUUUCGCGGGACCAGCAACUGCUUCAUCACAGAACAGUCGACACGCCACACAACAAACCGUGGCAGCCACUCAUCCGUUUACAACGAUUUGCCAAGGAUGCCUCGAAAUCAAAAAGGAAGUGCAAGAAAUGAAGCAACACUUCGAAAGGAACAUGCAAGCACUGAUUAAUCAGGUUUGCGCAGCAACAGGAAAUGAGCCGGGAGUGCCAGCCCCGCUGCUGCAGUGGAAUCCUUGGCUGUUUCCAUCGCUGUUGCAACAAACGACUCCAAUGUUGCCACCAAAUUUGCAAGAGCAGUUGCAACUCAGCGCGAUCAAGAGGUGGAAUUCUUCGAGUAUCGAACAGAAGGCAGAUGCUAAUGGUGAUGCUCAGAUUGAUCCGGUGGGUGUGGAUAGUGGUAGCGAUGCGUGUUCAACGCCUGCUCCAGCGGCCGCCAAAAGUGUUAUCAGUAAUGCUGCCGAUAACGCAUUCGUGUCGAAGUUGGAUUCGUUGGCCUCACUAAACCCGCUGCUUUUACAACAGCACUUGCUCCAGCAGUUGGUUAUAAAUGGUCAAAGCUAUUUGGGGCAGUCACAAGCCGCGCAGAUCCAUCACAUCCAGCAGCAGCAGCAACAGCAACAACAACAGCAGCAACAGCGGCAGCAGCAACCCAAACAGGAGCAUGUCGGGUCACUGCAUCUUGGCAACACAAAUACCGCCGCUGAACAGCCUGUAUGUACUCUUUUUGCCUAUCUGAAAUAUUCCAUUUUUGGACGCGCCAACCAUCCCGAAGUGUAA